GUUACUUGUUAAUUGUUAUUUCAUAUUAUAAAAUUGUCACAUUUUUGAUUUUUCAAAUUUAAAAUUUUCUAAAACACAAAAUGUUUAUUCAAUUUAAAUAUCAAUACAUCAAUAAACAUUAAGUGCAAUUAUUUGUUUUGUAGUUGAAUAAUAUUUUAUAUUUUUAUCUUAAUUUAUUUAUUAUAUUUGAGUUAAAAUGACUAGUAUAAGUAUUAAAUGUCAAAAAUGUCGAUUUGAAUUAGCAUCAAGUGAGAGUUCAUCUAUACUUGAUUGUCAUGAAAAGCAAAUUCAAAAUACAGCUAGAGUAACAUACAGUUGUAAUGACAAUGUAAUGGAAAAUAAUUGGUACUUAUCAUCUACUAAUUUACCCGAAUGGAUAAAUUCAUCAGUUGAAGAAGAAGAUUGGCAAAAGGGGAAACUAAGUUGUCCUAAUUGCAAUUUAAGAGUUGGUUCUUUCGACUUUGUUGGUGGAAUGAAAUGCCCAUGUAAAAAAUAUGUAUUACCUCAAAUCCAUUUAGUUAAAAGUAAAGUUGAUAUUUACUUUCGAUAAAAAUUAUGUACUCUUUUAAUAUUUUCUAUUGUAUGAUAAAUGAUUUUUGUUAAUACAUAAAAAAAUUUGGUCAUAUUCCAAUUUACUACAACAAUAAUUAAAAUAUUUUAUUGUUUAGAAAUUAAAGUUUGUACUUACUUUAUGUAAAAUCAGAUUUCUAUUCUAAAUAAAUUUGAGUUGAGUUAAAAGAA